AUGGCUCCCCGGCUAAUGGGGCUACCCCUACAAUUGCAGCAAUUUGCUGCCCGCCCCAUCCUUCAAUCAUCGCCAUUGGCCUUCCUCAUCCCACACAUCCAGCAAACCCAGACUCGCCAAGCGUCCAUCCUGGGCUCGCUCUCCGACAAUCCCUCCGCUUACAACAAGCGCAUUCGCCGUGGUCGCGGUCCUGCCUCGGGAAAGGGUAAGACUUCCGGCCGUGGACACAAGGGUCAGAAGCAACAUGGCAAAGUGCCGGCGAAUUUCAAUGGUGGGCAGACGAAGGAUAUCGUCGUGCAUGGGGAGCGUGGGUAUACGAAUAUCUUCUCCGCCGACCUAGCCCCCAUCAACCUCGACCGCAUCCAAGACUGGAUUGACCAAGGCCGCAUCGACCCGGCGCGUCCGAUCACCGUCCGCGAGCUGCUGGACUCCCGCUGUAUCCACCAGCACCGCGACGGUGUGAAGCUGCUCGGCCGCAUUGAGGCGUCCACCCUCAAGCAGCCGCUGCAUCUAGUCGUAUCGCGCGCAUCCGCAUCUGCCAUCGCAGCCGUCGAAGCCGCCGGUGGCACCGUGACAACACGGUACUACACGCGCUCGGCCAUCGUGCGGAUCAUGGCGCGCGAGACGCACCCGUUCCUGUCACUGGCAUGGACGGCGCAGAGCGGGAACGAGGCUCUGCACCAGGCGGCGGGUGUUCCUGUUUCCGAUAAGGAGGGAGAAGUGAUGAAGGCUAUGGGUUUCCGGUACCGCUUGCCUGACCCAUCGAGUCGCAGGGAUAUCGAGUAUUAUCGUGAUCCCGCCCAUCGCGGGUAUUUGAGCCAUCUGCUCAAGCCGAUGGAGGGACCGAGUUUGUUCUUCCGCUCGCCGGAGGAGCGCAAGUCGACGGCUGGUGUUAAGAAGGAGAAGGUUCUGCCGGAGAAUAGGCUCUGGUAA